AUGAUACAGGAUUACUUUUUAUUUCAUACAAAUAAUACAGACCCAGAUAAAAUUGUUAGCCUACGAAUAAGUAGUGUUAAUGGAAGUAACCCUCCAGAUUUUAGAAAACCCACCUCCAUGGUGGUGACUACUCAGUUAGCAAUUGCCACAUUUUUAGGAUUAUUUGCAUUUUUGUCUUUCUCACUGUUAUUGAAAAAGUUACCUAAGUUAUAUGCUAGUAGGAAAUAUAAGAAUAAUGGAAGUCUGCGACUUCCCUCAUGGGAUAAUAAUAAACUUUUUGAUUGGAUUCCCGUUUUAUAUAAUAUCACCGAUGAACAAGUAUUAGAAUACUCAGGAUUAGAUGCAUAUGUGUUUUUAGGUUUUUUCAAAAUGGCUAUUAAAUUAUUAUCUAUUUAUAUUGUAUUUUCAUUUGGUAUAAUAUCACCGAUUAGGUAUCAUUUUACUGGGCAAUAUGAUGAUGGUUCUGAUGAUAAUAACUCUAAUAAUUUAUAUAAAACAUAUUCGAACACAGUUGGACGGUUAACAAAGAGAUUAGUAAAUAAUGUAGGGACUGUAGGUAAUUCAUUAAAUACAAUUCCAGAGAAUGCAGGAGUAUAUCUCUGCAUGUAUGUCAUAUUCACUUAUUUAUUCACAUUUAUAGCUAUUAAUAUUCUGAUGUCCCAGACAAAAUUGGUUGUAAGUACAAGACAAAAUUAUUUAGGUAAACAAAAUACAAUCACAGAUAGAACUAUUAGAUUAUGGGGGAUUCCAGUAGAAUUGCGUGAUAUAAAAGCAUUAACAACAAGAAUUGAACAACUAAAGAUUGGAAAAGUUGCCUCUGUUACAAUAUGUAGGGAGUGGGGUCGUUUAAAUAAAUUAUAUCAUAAAAGGAAUCAUAUUUUGAGACAACUUGAAUUAAAGUAUGCUGAGUGUCCACGAAGUUUGAGAAAUGAGAAUUCGGCAUUUGUAGAAAACUACCCUUUGGAUCAUAAUAAUGCUCCAGUAAACACUUCAGAUGUCUCCAAUAAUCUAAAACCUACUACAAAUACAUAUGUUUCUUCAAACAGGCAAUCUGAUAAUCCAAUUAUAGUGGAAACUCUACUUGAACAGCCAUUUAAUAAUCAAAAUCAUGGUAGUAUAAAUCUACUAAAUACAAUGCAAAAUUCAAGGGUGAGAACAGAAAUGGGAGGAGAAGAGGACAGUAAUGUGAUAUAUUCCCAAAUUCAGUUAAAAAAUAAGAGACCAACAAUAAAGAUUGGAUUAUGGGGACUUUUUGGAGAGGAAGUGGAUGCUAUUAACUAUUUAGAAAAACAAUUAACGGUUAUUGACACAGAAAUUUUACAAGCCAGAAAACAGCAUUAUUCUGCUACACCUACAGCAUUUGUUACUAUGGAUUCUGUAGCUAACGCUCAAAUGGCGGCACAGGCGGUUCUUGAUCCAAGAGUUCAUUAUUUUAUUACUAGAUUAGCACCAGCUCCUCAUGACAUUAAAUGGGAUCAUGUCUGUUUAUCAAGAAAGGACCGGCUUGUUAAAAUAUAUUCAGUAAGUGUAUUUAUUGGUAUUUGUAGUAUAUUUUUGAUCUUACCAGUAUCAUAUUUGGCUACUUUAUUGAAUCUAAAGACAAUAUCAAGAUUUUGGCCAUCACUUGGUUAUUUAUUGGAAAAAAACCAAUGGGCACAAAAUAUUGUUACAGGGCUAUUGCCAACUUAUCUUUUUACAAUAAUGAAUGUGGUCAUUCCAUAUUUUUAUGAAUAUUUAACUGGAUAUCAAGGGUUUGUGUCACAUAGUGAAGAAGAAAUAUCACUGGUGUCAAAGAAUUUCUUUUAUAUUUUUGUUAAUCUAUUUUUAGUGUUUACUUUAGCUGGUACUGCAUCGAAUUAUUGGGGCUAUUUAUCAGAUACUACUAAAAUAGCUUAUCAAUUGGCCACAUCAGUAAAAGAAUUUUCAUUAUUUUACGUUGAUUUAAUAAUUUUACAGGGCAUCGGUAUGUUCCCAUUUAAACUAUUAUUAGUGGGUAGUCUGAUCGGGUUUCCAUUGGUUAAAAUACAAGCAAAAACACCAAGACAGAGAAAGGAGAUUUAUAAUCCGCCAAUUUUCAAUUUUGGUUUACAAUUACCACAACCCAUAUUGAUAUUAAUAAUAACUUUAAUUUACAGUGUUAUGAGUACUAAAAUAGUAGCAUCAAGCCUUGCAUAUUUUGUUAUUGGUUAUUAUGUUUAUAAAUAUCAAUUAAUAUAUGCAACGGACCAUCUACCACAUUCAACAGGAAAAGUUUGGCCAUUAAUUUUUAGACGGCUUAUUAUGGGUCUUUUAUUAUCACAACUGACCAUGACAGGUACAUUAGCAGGGUUUGAAGGUGGUUGGGUGUUCUCAUCAUGGUUAUUACCAUUACCAUUUAUUACCUUAAGUUUCCUUUGGGAUUUUGAAACUAAUUAUUUGCCAUUAUCACAAUACAUUGCAUUAAGUUCAAUUAGAGAACAUGAAAGAGAUAAUUCUUUAGUAUCUACACAAUUUGAGGAAGAAACAUAUGAAUAUCCAUUUUUAGUGGGAAAUUUGGAGAAACCCAUGGUUGAAUAA